AUGACUGAUUAUCAAUUUCUAGCUCAUCUCAAUAUUGAUUGCGAAAGGCCGAAGGAGGCUCUUGAAAACAUAUUAACUCUUUGCUCAAAAAGCGCAAAAUUAACUUUAGAGCAACGAGAUCUAUUAAAUUUAGCUGUUAAAACUUCAGUUGACCCGACAAGAUCAUCCGUUAAAAAAUUAAACAAUAUUAUUACUACAGAGAGAUCAGCAGGGCACUCAGAAAACGUGGAAGAAUUAUUAAAAAUCAAGAAAAAUUGUGUUACAGAAAUUUUAGAUAUAUGUAAUAAAACUCUUGACGUAAUUGAGCAUGUUCUUAUUCCAGAAAAUAGUGAUGAUCGUGUCUCGCUAAUACAUUAUCAGAAAGUCAGAGGAGACUUAUAUCGUUAUAUCAUAGAAGUCAACCCUGAUCAAGAAAAUGCAUUCAAAAAUGCAAGUGAUUCAUAUAAUUACGCAUAUGUAAAUUGUCAAGAAUUAUUAGAACCAUGUAUUCCAAUUAGAUUAGGAACUUUUCUGAAUUAUGCGGUUUUUAAGUACGAAUAUCUUAAAUGUGUCGAAGAAGCUACUGAAAUGCUCCAGCAGGCACUAGCUCACUAUACAGAAGGCCUGGAUAAACAAAGCCAAGUUGUCAAAGAAGAUGUACUAAAUAUUGUUCGUGUGAUACGUGAUAAUAUACAACUAUGGACCGUUGCUGAUUCAACUGAUGAUUCCGAACCUGAAGAGGAAGAGGAAGAAGAGGAAGAUCACCAAGAUUCACCAAAUCAUUAUGAUUCAGAAGAGGAAGAUGACUGA